GUUGUACUAGUUAUUAGUCAUCUCGGACACUUUGGGAUUGUACGAGUUCGUAAACAAUCCCUUUGGAGGCAAAAUAUAGCAAGAGGAACAUAGCACAGUGGAAUUAUAUUUGGAAAAGAGCAAGUCAUCGCGUGUAUUUAUGACCUUUAAAGCACCUACUUUUGCUAAUCAGGACAAAAUUUAUGCAUCAGUGUUGAGUGAGAAAACGCCGGGUGGCUUUCUGAGGCGAACCCCGAUAAGGAUAUUAAUAAUAAAGUGAGUGUGCGCAGUCCACGUUGAGUCAAAUGUUCUCCUUAUAUGGUCAACGUGUUCCACGUUCGAAUGAUGCGGUCAUCAUUAUAAUACCCGAUCGCUUCUUCGUUUCUGCAUCAUUCCAACCUAGAAGUACCAGCCAGCUCACAGGUGGUGAAAAUCUUGUUCUCCUCAUUUCGUACACGAAAAAUAAAUCAACAUGUGUGACGACGAUGUUGCCGCUCUUGUCAUCGACAACGGAUCCGGUAUGGUGAAGGCCGGAUUCGCCGGAGACGAUGCCCCAAGGGCUGUCUUUCCAUCCAUCGUUGGUAGGCCCCGUCACCAGGGUGUCAUGGUCGGUAUGGGACAGAAGGACAGCUACGUCGGAGACGAGGCCCAGAGCAAGAGAGGUAUCCUCACCCUGAAGUACCCCAUCGAGCACGGUAUCGUAACCAACUGGGACGAUAUGGAGAAGAUCUGGCAUCAUACCUUCUACAAUGAACUCCGUGUUGCCCCAGAAGAGCAUCCCGUCCUCCUAACCGAGGCUCCCCUCAACCCCAAGGCCAACAGGGAAAAGAUGACACAGAUCAUGUUCGAGACCUUCAACUCACCCGCCAUGUAUGUCGCUAUCCAGGCCGUACUUUCACUCUACGCCUCUGGUCGUACCACUGGUAUCGUUUUCGACUCUGGUGAUGGUGUUUCUCACACCGUGCCCAUCUACGAGGGUUACGCCCUUCCCCACGCCAUCCUCCGUCUGGACUUGGCUGGACGUGAUCUCACCGACUACCUGAUGAAAAUCCUCACCGAGCGUGGCUACUCUUUCACUACUACUGCUGAGCGUGAAAUCGUUCGUGACAUCAAGGAGAAGCUCUGCUACGUCGCCCUUGACUUCGAGCAGGAGAUGCAGACUGCUGCCUCAUCCUCCUCCCUCGAGAAGAGCUACGAGCUUCCCGACGGACAGGUCAUCACCAUCGGCAACGAGCGAUUCCGUGCCCCUGAGUCACUCUACCAGCCAUCCUUCCUUGGAAUGGAAUCAUCAGGAAUCCAUGAAACCACCUACAACAGCAUCAUGAAGUGCGAUGUUGACAUCCGUAAGGAUCUGUACGCCAACACUGUUCUUUCUGGAGGCUCCACCAUGUUCCCAGGAAUCGCUGACAGGAUGCAAAAGGAGAUCACCUCCCUUGCUCCACCAACCAUGAAGAUCAAGAUCAUCGCUCCUCCAGAGAGGAAAUACUCUGUAUGGAUCGGAGGCUCCAUCCUUGCCUCUCUCUCAACAUUCCAACAGAUGUGGAUCAGCAAGCAGGAAUACGAUGAGUCUGGCCCAUCCAUCGUCCACAGGAAGUGCUUCUAAACUACUCAACCGUACUUGUUGAACAAACACUCGAACAUUACCAUUUUCAGUGUGAGAAAUCUUGGGAGAUAGAAGAGACUUCCAUCUCCAUGAGAUUCAUUGUCUUGUUUUUGAUGGUUCAUCUAGUUGUCACAGUAAAUUCAAUAGAAGGACAACCAAACCGAUGCAUUCUUAAAAGUUGGAUACUGCCAAGAUAAAUUGGUUUGUGCCAAGUUAACCAGGAAGAUAUUCAUAUAAUUUGUUUCCCAUUUUCUUGAAAAUUGUGCAUUUUCCUUUUUUGGGAAGUUUUGCAACAUUAUUCCUACCAAAUUUGCAAACAUUAAGGCCUAGUAUUUAUUUUUGUUCUACCUGAAUGCCGAAAUCCUGCCAAAGCAACCUUGGAUUAUUUUUUAUCACUUUGAAAGUUACAUUUUCGACCCUUGCAUUCUGUUCUGUUCAAUUUGUUUCACGCCGCCAAAUUGAUUGUAUAUAUUAUUUCACAUAAUAUGAACAAAAAAGUUUGAAAAACAUGAAUUCUGUAAAUAAAUUUA